AUGACCGAAGUAUUACAGGUCCCCAGGCAACCUGAUGGACAGUCAUAUUACCAAAAUUCGGCACUACGACGCUCAAGCCCAUCAUCCUCCUCGUUGUUCCUCGACACAGCGGGGCUCUCCUCGAGUCCAAAAGCGACUGCCGCCUCUACUCCGCAUGCUGAGCACCAGGAGCGGUUACCCGUCUCGUUGCCGCCCUCGAGUGCCAGCUCCUUCUCGAGCAUAUCCAAUGCCACUACGCUGGACUCUGCCUUCGACAGCACGAACUCGUCGAUAGAUACGGAUCUAACCCUGGACACGGACCUCGACUUCCCAAACUACGACGACGUAUCAUACCGACACGACUCGGCGAGCACAGGCGUACCGCCGUCGUCGCCCGCAUUCUGCGAUGACUCCAGCGAGCCGACCCAGUCGACCUGCACAGAUACAACACGCUCCGACUCGCCUCUGCCCACGCCGACUGUCGUGGAUGAUAGUGCUAUCAAGCAGGAGCCAUCGCGGCAGGUAGAUUUCUUGAGUCAUGACUGGCGAGAAGAAGAUAUAUGGGCUUCCUGGAGGCAUAUUGUGUCUCAAAGGAAGGCGGUAUAUGGCGAGCGGUCGAGAUUGGAGAAUGCUUCAUGGCGGACUUGGGCAAAGACCAAGUUUGAUCUCGAUACCGUCUCGCCGGAACGGCUUAACUGGCUCAAGGAAUCAGAUGUGACAUGGCUUUACGGCCCACUCAAAUCCGCAGAGUCAUACCCUAUAACCCAAAAUACAUCAGAACCAGGCUCGCAGAUCUCGAAGAACAACUCCUUCAUCAACAAGAAGCCAAUCUUGAAGAAACGGAGCAUGUCGGAAGUGAUGCUUCAAAAGUCUAUCUCGAGCUCAUCGCUGGUCAAGCAAGCAGCAUCCGCUGUCCAGCUGUCAGGCCGAGGUGGCCGAAGAUACGGCACCAUGUCGGAUAUCGUAGACUCCAAGCUACAGUCGGAGACACCUAGUAGGGACCAGGUCGACUACUUUACAAGCCGCAGCACCAGUAGUGGUGGCACGCCUUGCGAGACUCAAGAGAGGCGGCACAUCCGAUUCGAUGAUCGCGUGGAGCAAUGCAUCGCUAUCGACUGCAAGGAUCCAGCUUUGGACGAGGAAGAAGAAGAGAGUAGCGAGGAAGAAGAUGAUGUGAAGCACAACGGCAGCACCGACUCGAGUAGUGAUGACGGUAUUGUGAUGAUGAAAAGGAAGAAGCUGUCCGGGCAGAAACGAAAAAAGGCAGGGAGUCGGAGCAGUUCAACUAGCGGGAGACGAAUCAUCGAAACACUCCCAGCGACUACGCUGAAAUAUCGAACGGAUAGCCCGGAUGUCACGGAAGAAGCACAGCACCACACCUUUGGACGGUCUUGGAACACUGCUAACCUGAGCCCGAGCCCAUCACAGGAGACACUACGGCCUGCAAAUCCUUCCAGAAACUUUUUGCUACAGCAGGAGCAUGACAAUGACGAUGAGGUCGAUUCUGACUCGUCCUGGUCUUUUGGUGCCAGUAACCCGAAGUCGUCGUUUGCCCUGGUUGACCGACGGCCAGGGGGUCCAUCGAGCAGUCGAGCGAGAAACGCAAGUCCUGGCCCUGGACCAAGAAGUGGCGACUACGAGAUAGAAGGCAUGCGAAGGACCAGUAGCGGGAUGUUCAUGCCCAUUGACGAUGAGGAAGAGGACGAUGCUGUGGCAACUGGUCUCUUCGGCAGGGUCAGCGAGACCAUCAAUACAGCUAGGGACAUUGCUCAUGUCAUCUGGAACGUCGGCUGGAGGAAUUAA